UUAAUUUUGUCAAAUCAAGACUUCUCUGUAGUUGUUCUUUAAUCAUUCUGUGAACCGGAGGACUCGUGGAGGUUGUCGUUUUGGUUAGUUUUACGACGUGCCCACCAAGUGUUCGACGGAAUAAUUUUUUUUUUUUUGGGAUAACUGUAUAAGUCAUAGUAAGUUUUAUUGUUUUCUGAAAGGCAUGAUCCAGGGUUACAAUUUAUUUUAAUUAGUUCCUUAAAAAAUUUUCAGUGUUUACAUCGUUUUCGAAGAUAAUGUUGUUAGGUAUCUGGGUUUGUUCUUGCACGUAUGAUUCAAUUUUGAAUAUCACUUGGUGGGUCAAUUCGUUUGCUUUCUCUUAUACAAUUAUUUAUCACAUUCCUUUCAUGAUAACAGAUAGACUUAUUAGUUGACAAAAGCAAUAAACAAAGAAAAAUGUAUGGCUUUUUAAGGUUGAUUGCUAAUUUAGUUUUAUCUGAGGUUUGAGCUGGCUAUCUUAUUUUUCUAAUCCUAGGUUUUUGUCAUUGACUCAUAAUGGUGGUGUUACUCGAUUUUUUCUCAAAAAGAAUAGAUCUUUUGACCUUUCUUCUCAUCGUGCAUUGACAUGUUCUUGAGUUUUUUACAUAUGAAUCAUCUGUGUUCGUCACUAAUCAUCUCUUGUUCCAUGACUAAUUGUGGUCGUGCAUAAACUUGUUCUGUGGAGAAUAACUGUGUCAAUGUUCCACUUUUCAUGUGAUCCCUUCUUUGUUAAGUCUCUAAACUUUGACUCUGCUUAUUCAACCAUUGGCUUGAGGGGAUAAAAAAAGGUCUUCUCUUUGAUAUGCCUUAGUUACUUUUGUGAUUAUUUUAAGCUAUUCUUAAAAUUUAAGGAUGAGCAUCAAACAUGUCUUCCUCAUUUUUUAUAUAAUCUGUCAUAUCAUAUGCCUAAGCAAUCAGACAGAGUUAUGAUUUAUUUACUCUUAAGGUCAACUAUUUGGUAACUUAAUGGUUGUUUAUCAAAAAAAAAAAACAAUUCCUGUGAUAGCUGGGAUCACGCACUAGAUGAAUUCGUUCUUAUAAUCAUGGUUUAGUCAUUGACUUGGUGUUAAGUAUACAUAUCAGUAGCACCAUCUUUGUCUCUUGUGCUAAUAUAGAUGCUUCUGUUUGUAGAUGGCUAACUCAAUCCUGUUCUUUUUCUUUGUUUUGGUUCUCCCUUUUGUCUGUUCAGUUCAGUUUAACAUAUCUCGUUUUGGGUCAGAGGUUUCGGAAAUAGUGUACCAAGGAGAUGCAAGAGCAAACGGGGCUGUUGAGCUUACCAACAUAGACUACACCUGCCGUGCCGGAUGGGCUACUUAUGGUAAGCAGAUUCCCUUAUGGGAUCCGGGUACUGGUAAGCCUUCGGAUUUUAGUACCCGUUUCUCCUUCAGAAUUGAUACCCGGAAUGUUGCCUACGGUAAUUAUGGUCAUGGGUUCGCUUUCUUUCUAGCUCCAGCAAGAAUCGAAUUGCCUCCCAACUCAGCUGGUGGUUUCUUGGGUCUAUUCAAUGAAAGCAACGCUCGAUCUUCUUCUUUCCCACUCGUUCAUGUCGAAUUCGACACAUAUAGUAAUUCAGAAUGGGAUCCUCUCGACAUGAAAUCUCAUGUGGGAAUCAACAACAACUCUCUUGCUUCCUCUAACUCCACUUCUUGGAAUGCAACCUCACACAACCAAGAUAUAGGCCGUGUGCUGAUCUUCUAUGAUUCUGCUAGAAGAAACUUGAGUGUCUCUUGGACUUACGACCUAACGUCUGAUCCCAAGGAGAGUUCAAGCCUAUCUUACAUCAUUGAUCUUUCAAAGGUACUGCCAUCAGAAGUUACGAUUGGGUUUUCUGCGACAUCUGGAGGGGUCACCGAGGGAAAUAGACUUCUGUCAUGGGAGUUCAGUUCAAACCUGGAGCUAAGAGAUAUAAAAAAAAUUCAGAAUGACAGGAAGGGGAUGAUAAUUGGUAUUUCAGUUUCAGGGUUUGUUUUGCUUACCUUCAUAAUUGGCUCUCUCAUCGUCUUCUUGAAACGGAAGCAGCGGAAGAAGAAAGCAGAGGAGACAGCAAACUUGACAUCGAUAAAUGACGAUCUUGAAAGAGGAGCAGGACCAAGAAGGUUUACUUAUAAAGAUCUUGCAUCAGCUGCUAACAACUUCUCAGAUGAUAGGAAGCUAGGGGAAGGAGGGUUUGGAGAGGUUUAUAAAGGGUACUUAAACGCCUUAGAUAUGAUGGUUGCGAUAAAGAAGUUUGCUGGCGGAUCUAAGCAGGGAAAAAGAGAGUUCAUAACCGAAGUAAAGAUAAUCAGCAGUUUGAGACAUCGAAACCUUGUGCAACUCAUUGGUUGGUGUCAUGAGAAAGAUGAGUUUCUAAUGAUAUACGAGUUCAUGCCAAAUGGUAGCCUUGAUGCCCAUCUAUUUGGUAAAAAGCCGCAUCUCGCUUGGCCUCCGCAUCUCGCUUGGCCUGUGAGGUGCAAGAUAACUAUCGGUAUUGCCUCUGCGCUGCUUUAUCUUCAUGAGGAGUGGGAGCAAUGUGUUAUACACAGAGACAUCAAGGCGAGUAAUGUGAUGCUUGACUCCAAUUUCAAUGCCAAGCUUGGUGAUUUUGGGUUGGCUAGAUUGAUGGACCAUGAGCUGGGUCCGCAGACUACAGGGUUAGCAGGAACGUUUGGUUACAUGGCUCCUGAAUACAUAAGCACCGGGAGGGCGAGCAAAGAAUCUGAUGUUUAUAGCUUUGGAGUUGUUACAUUAGAGAUAGUUACAGGAAGAAAAUCUGUGGAUCCAAGACAAGGAAAAAUGGAGCCUGAAACAAGCCUUGUAGAGAAAGUGUGGGAUCUCUACGGAAAAGGAGAAGUUAUCACAAUAAUUGAUGAGAAACUCAGGAAUGAUGGUUUCGAUGAAAAGCAAGCAGAAUGUCUCAUGAUUGUAGGGCUAUGGUGUACUCAUCCAGAUAGAAACUCGAGGCCUUCGAUAAAACAAGCGAUCCAAGUCUUGAAUCUUGAAGCACCGUUGCCUCAUCUUCCGAACAAAAUGCCUGUUGCUACUUAUCACGUAUCAUCUUCGAGUACUACAUCAGUAGGCUCUGGUGGAGCUACAGUAACGUUUUCAAGUGCUCAACAUGGUCGUUAAGCAGAUCCGUUGUUGCUGUGUAUAUAAAGCCUUUUCUUUACUCUCGUUUCUUCCGUGUGCGUGUGUGUGUGCUGUAUUUUUAGUCUUUUGCCUUCUGUAUUAUUUGAUCUUUCCUGUUUCUUCUGUGUGUGUGUGUGUGUUGUACUGAAUGAAUCCUUGUGCUUCUGUAA